GCAACCCAUCUCGAGCGCCGCGCCGACCUGUCCGGUCCCGAGUGGGCGGCAUGGCGGAGGGCGAGCAGUCCGACCGGCGAGCAAAGGUGCUGGCGGACUACCGCAAGACGCUGCUGCAGCACAAGGAGGUGGAUGCAAAGGUGCGGUCGAUGCGCGAGGAGGCGAAGAAGCUGCGCAAGGACUACGACAAGACGGAGGACGACCUCAAGGCGCUGCAGUCGGUCGGGCAGAUCAUCGGAGAGGUGCUGCGCCAGCUCGACGCCGAGAGGUACAUCGUCAAGGCGUCGUCGGGUCCCCGCUACGUCGUCGGCUGCCGCUCGAAGAUCGACAAGGCGAAGCUGGUGCAGGGGACGCGAGUCACGCUCGAUAUGACGACCCUCACGAUCAUGCGAGCGCUGCCGCGCGAGGUGGACCCGGUGGUCUUCCACAUGAAGGCCGAGGAGGCGGACAGCACGAGCUACUCCUCGGUCGGCGGGCUCAACGAGCAGAUCCGCGAGAUGCGCGAGGUGAUCGAGCUGCCGCUGAUCAACCCGGAGCUCUUCCAGCGCGUCGGAAUCAAGGCGCCCAAGGGCUGCCUCCUCUACGGCCCGCCCGGCACCGGCAAGACGCUGCUCGCGCGCGCCGUCUCCAACAACAUCGACGCCGCCUUCCUCAAGGUCGUCGCGUCGGCGAUUGUUGACAAGUACAUCGGCGAGUCGGCGCGGCUGAUCCGCGAGAUGUUUGGCUACGCGCGCGACCACGAGCCCUGCAUCAUCUUCAUGGACGAGAUCGACGCCAUCGGAGGGCGGCGAUUCUCGGAGGGCACUUCGGCCGAUCGCGAGAUCCAACGCACUCUGAUGGAGCUGCUCAACCAGCUGGACGGGUUUGAUGGCCUGGGCAAGGUCAAGAUGAUCUGCGCGACCAACCGGCCCGACGUGCUCGACCCGGCGCUGAUGCGGCCGGGCCGGCUUGACCGCAAGAUCGAGAUCCCGCUGCCAGGCGAGUCGGCGCGCGUGGACGUGCUCAAGAUCCACGCGGCGCCCAUCACCAAGAAGGGCGACAUCGACUACGAGUCCGUCGUCAAGCUUGCGGACGGCUUCAACGCCGCCGACCUGCGCAACGUCUGCACCGAGGCGGGUAUGUUUGCGAUCCGCGGGGAGCGCGACUAUGCAGUGGAGGAGGACUUUAUGAAGGCGGUGCGCAAGGUGGGCGAGAACAAGAAGCUGGAGGGCAAGCUCGAGUACUCGAAGGUCUGAGCGCGACAGAGCCGCCAGGGCCGCCCGCGCGCGUCGUCCAGCUCGUCCACGACGCACCGGGGAGAGCGCGCUCCCCCCCAUACACCUUUUUUGCUCUCAACAAAUUGUUUGUAGUUCGGAACGUGCCCGCCCCAGGAUGCGGGUAUAAAGCG